AUGUUUUCAAUUCGUCAAUUUUCAUAUGUCUUUCUACAACGAAUCUAUUGUUCUUCUUCUAAUCGUUACCAAUCAAGUACAACAAACCAUCCUGUCAAUAGUUCUUCAUCAAAUAAUAAGAAAAAUUCAUCAACUAAUUCAACAGUUUGGGCAACAUCAGAUACAAAUGGAUUAGUUAAACAAUUAUCAGCAAGAAUUAAAUCUGGUGGACCUAUAACAGUGGCUGAAUUUAUGCGCGAAUCAUUAUUGAAUCCAAAAUAUGGUUAUUACACACGACAUGAAGUGUUCGGAAAGAAAGGUGAUUUUAUUACGGCACCCGAAAUUAGUCAAAUGUUUGGCGAAUUAUUAGCUGUAUGGGUCAUGUAUGAACAUUCAGCAAAUGGUAAUAAUCCUAUGCAAUUGGUAGAAUUAGGACCUGGUCGAGGUACACUAAUGAAUGAUAUUAUUCGAGUGUUAAAAAAACGAAAUUAUUCUGAUAAAAAUACAUUCAUUGCGUUGUACGAAGCUAGUCCACUUAUGCGACGACGUCAAGCGGAAACAUUAUUUGGUCGAUCGUUUGAUCCUUUCAUUACUCAUGAUUAUCGCAUACCUAAUAGUAAUUAUUCACUUGUAUGGAUAGAUGAUCUUAAACAAUUAAAAUCUUAUAAUACAUAUUUUAUUGCUAAUGAACUUUUUGAUGCUUAUCCUAUACAUAAAUUUCAAAAAACUGCACAAGGUUGGAAAGAAGUUAUGAUUGAUUGGAAUCCGAUAACAAAACAACUUCAAUAUGUACUGUCUCCAAGACAAACGACAAUGAGUCAACUUUAUCAAAAUUUUCUUAGUAAUAUAGAAGAGAGACAACACGUGGAAAUCAGUCCACAACGUUCGGUAAUGAUGCAAAAUAUAUGUAAACAUGUAAAGACUCAUGGUGGUUCGGCUUUGAUAGGAGAUUAUGGUCAUUGGGGAGAAAAAGAAGAUACAUUUCGUGGAUUUCGUAAACAUGAAGUUGUUGAUGCUCUUUCAGAUCCAGGAAAUAUUGAUAUAACAGCAGAUGUUGAUUUUGAAGAAUUAGCUUUAAGCGGUACGCAAAUAUCAAAUGUUCAAUUCUAUGGACCUAUAUCUCAACGAAAUUUUCUCUAUAAUUUGGGUAUCGAUAUACGAGCAACAACACUUGCACGCGAUAAAACACCCGAAGAACAAAAAGAAAUUUUAAGUGCUGUGGAGAAAUUAGUCAGUCCUAAUCAUAUGGGUGAACGAUUUAUUUAUCUAUGUGUACAAAAUGAGAAUAAUAAAAAAACACCAGCCGGUUUUUCUUCUCCAUAUUAA